CUGCCCGUUCCCGCGUAGUACUGUUUGAUUACUUACCUAUAUGUAUAUCAAACCCGAAACAAUGAUAUUGUACCGAGGCGUGUAGGUACCCGUCGACACUUCCCUACCCACCCACCUAUUUAAAAGAGCAAAAAAAGGCCCUUGUGUGACCGUAUGCGGGGCGGCGUGGCUUCCGUUUGUACUCCCACACCAGAUGCCAGCUUCCGCCCAACCGUCUCAAAAGAUUGCCUUUUUCGUUCGGCGAGCGGAACCCGAUUGGCAAGGCGACCGGCAAGGGCGUUAGCCUACAGGGAUGACGCCCGCGGCGAAAUAUGGAUGGUAGGUAUGGCUCCAGCGCAAGGGCGCUGGGACUUGCAGCACACUACGCCUUCCCGAUUACACGACGCGAUGGCCUCCGGUUCCGGAAUGCGAGGGCCGCGGCGCUGGGGCGUUGGUCCGGCGCUUCUUUUUUUUACUCGCGGGUUUUUGGGAAUUGGGGGGUUGGUCAUUCUUUGUUGAUAAGAGGAACAAGUGUUGUUUCUAGGGAAUUUGCAACGGGGUUUUCGAUCCCGGUUAAGAGAUCUUUUUCGAGUUACGGCAAGAUGGAUUCGUCGGACGACGAAGGACGUCACUUUGUCAUCGUCGCGUUGGAAACUUUUUACGUCCCAGUACCGAAUUUCAAUUUUCCCCGCGGAUAUACUUAUGAGAUUAAAGAGUACUCGAGGACGCGCCCGGAGGAGGUCGCUGAGAGGAUUAAGAAUGCGAAUAUUGUCCUUGCUGUUGUGGUCCCGAUUACGGCUGCCGCGUUAAGCGUCGAGGCAUCGCCGCAUCUGAAGAUGAUCUCUGUGGUGGCGUCGGGAACUGAUAACGUCGACUUAGAUGCGUGCAGGGCGCGUGGCAUCGUCGUCGCGAAUGCGCCGCGUUGCAAUACUGUGUCUGUGGCCGAACACAUCAUGGCGCUAUACUUCGCGACGCGUCGGUCGAUGGUGCUAUCACAUACGCAGGUACAGGCGGGGGAGUGGCCCAAGAAGGGAUCGCUGCAGGAGACACUUAAUGGCCCAGAUGGGAAACCACCGAAGACCUGCAGGCAGGAGAAGCUCGGAAUUAUCGGUAAUGGCGCGGUGGGUAAGGCGGUAGCAGAGAUGGCCCAUGCCUUGGGCAUGAGGACUAGGAAUGCGGCGCGAAAAGGCACAUACGAAAUAAAAGAUCGAAGAACAGGUCGCACACCAUUCGAGGACGUAAUUCAGGAAUGCUCGGUCAUCGUUCUAUGUCUACCGCGGACUCCUGAAACGUUGAAUCUGAUUUCAGAGGCUGAGCUCAACAUGAUGCAGCCUUACACAAUCAUCAUCAACGCCUCGCGAGGCGGCAUUGUGGACGAGAAAGCCGUCAUCGCUGCGCUUAGGGAGAAGAAGAUUGCUGGCUACGGCACGGAUGUUUACGAGACCGAACCGGCGAGUUCAGAGAAUAGUCUCUUGGUCGGUCCUGACACGGCUGGUCUUAAUUUGGUCACUACGCCACAUGUCGCGUGGGUUGCCGAGGAUACGAAUACUCAUUAUAAUUGGGCGACGAUGGAGAACGUUGAGGGUUGGCUUAAAACUGGUCAACCAAAACACCCGGUGAUAUAAGCAUGGCGAACUUUGAAGACUUAGACGGUUAUAUCGGCACAUUGCAUUGGGCUGUUAGAGGUGCAUAGAAAUAGAGGUAUGAAACACGCCUGAUAUACAUAUGAAUUAUUGCCCCAAGACUUGGAUGAUUAUACUACUUGGGUAUUUUCAAGUUUAUUCUGAUGAUCUUCCUGGCGUUAAUCUUAGGUGGUAUUUUGUACAGC